AUGGACCGACACCCGUACCUCACAAACAAUCUGUCACCGCUCAAUUCGUCAUUCCUCGCUGAUCUAGACCAAAAGCUCACUUUAGCCAAAAUGAACGGAACCUCCUCAGGAUCAGAUUCUGAAGGAGCCAAAGGAAAAGGCCCCAAUGGCGCGGGCUCAAAACCAUCCAUUGAGAUGAAAGAUUUGUUCAACGGGCUUCUACCCCAUAAUCCCAGCGUAGGUUUAAGGUUCUUAACCCCAAUAGUUCCAGCGGCAGAUAAUAGACCGGCUUUGUACAUGGUGGCCACUGCACAGUUGUUUUUGGGGUUACUGUGGAUGACCCGGCGAGUUCCGCGUGUGUUCGAGCUGCAAUUGCGGUCGCGAUUGACGUCUGCGGUGCGGUUUAUGGCUGGUUCCACCGCGGUGCUACUUUCUGGACUUGAAUAUUCUCGACUUCUGCUUCCAUACGAUCCAUGGGCCGAGGAGGCACGGCACUGGCGGAAGUGGGCCAUCAAAAAGGGCCAGAAGCCUUCGUGGUGGUUUGGCGGGAUCUGGUUCUAUAGCCCCAUGCUGAUGAGCGAGUGGAAAACGAAAACAUCUGCAUGGCUUGAAAACACCGCGAACGCUUUGGAUAGCGAUGAACAUCCCACUUUGGCUUCUUCCAAAGACUCUGGAAUGCUCACAGGAAUCAGCAUCGGGCCUCAUGCCACUUUGAAGGCUGGUGAGUCCAGCACUUACGAUGACAUAUACCAGAACUUGCGCCGGAUUAACGCCAGCAAAUUGGAGAAGGCAUUGAGAGAAGAACUUGUCAAUGUCACAGAGCUCAAUAAGGCAGAGAGAAUCGACCGCAUUCUCGAGGGAAAGGGGCCAGUCUACUUGAACGAAGAGUACAUAAAACCUAACAUCACUCUUGGAAACCAAGAGUUGGAAACUGAGGACGACUUUGAAAUGGCUUGGGCGAACUUCGAGCCGUGGGAUGAGUUGGGCCAGGAGACAGAUUUCGAUGUUCGUCUCAUUCCACGGUCUUAG